UGGACCGGCGGGGUAGAUAAGAAACACUUUCCCCAUAAUGUGCAAAUAUAUAGCGAUAACAAAUGCUUCCGUCCAACAAACUUACUGUUUUUGAACGUCUACCCAGGACCACCUCCACCUAUCGGGUUCAUCCAUGAUCAUCUCCGGUCUGGGCAACCGGCGGGAUUCGAACUUUCCUAUGGAUUUCCCAUGCCUCAACUGACCCAACCACCACCUGAAGAAACCAAACCUCCGUCGUCACCAUCCUCGAGCUCGUCGGCUGAAGAUGAUGGACUGAAUUCAUGUUCGAUUGCGCCGAGAUUCCCUUUUCAUGAUGAUCUUAUCGGAGGUUGUUGGCAGCACUGUACCGUGGAUGGACCGUUUCCCUCAAACAUGGUACGAGCUGGAGUAGACGGGGAUGGUGCGGUAAUUUUUGCCGGUCGAGCCUUCCACGAGGGAGAGAUGGUUCCGGCUAAGGUUAUUCCGUCGAAGAACGCUGCCUACAUCUGCUACGGUGGGGAAGAAAUACUGAAGGAAGACUUCGAGGUGCUCCGAUCCGGUGACUUCGUGUGGGAAUUUGCCUCGAACGGAGUCGUGCCAGAGAACGCGGUCAAGAUUGGUGCUACGGUUGACGGAGAACCGUUGUACAUGGGAAGGGCACUGUACAGCGGCACGCAAACACCGGGAAAGGUGCACUCUUCCCACGCGUGUCUGUACAUUCCGUUCGAUGGUGCCGAGGUCAGCUGUGCCGAGUACGAGGUACUCUGCCUUAAGUAAGGAACAGUUCGAAGCCAAUGAAGGAGAAAGGAUGCGCAGUAAACGCUUGAAUUGAGAAUAAAUUAAAAUUAUUUUAUGAGCUCGAGAUUAUAUGAA